UAUUUUAUAGCGUGUUGCUGUUAGCUUAGCAGGGAGAGUUAGCCAGGGUUGCCAGAUUGGGCCGGAUUUCCUACCCAAUCUGGCAACCCGGCCGAGCGACUGGCUGUUGGAGCUUCAGGACCAGCAUGUGUUUUAAAGUCCUCCCUCACCUAUCGACUACAAGCAGUCCGAACCAAGGGACUUAACUCACAUAUCUGUUAAAAGGAGCAAAGUUUAGGUUCUUCAGUUCCGGGCUCCUGAAGCGAGGACCGAGGCGUGGGUGUGACGACCCCCCCCCCUCCCCCCGGGUAAGCCCCAUGAGGAGUGAGGAGGAGGAGACCCCCUAGUGCCUUCAGCGGACCCCCUAGUGCCUUCAGCGGACCCCCUAGUGCCUUCAGCGGCCCUGGUGAAGACUCCUCCACCAAAAGGCUGUCUGACCAUGUCCGAGGGCGAGCCGAAGACCGCCGCACCCGCGAGGGGCCACAAGGUGGACCCCAAGGCCCCCGGCGCCCUGCAACACCAGCAGGUGCCGGGCGUGACCCCCAUGUCCCCCCCAGUGUCCGCCAGGGCCCCGCCCGCCACCACGGCCACGGAGGACGAGGACGAGAGCGAGGACGAGUCAGAGAUCCUGGAGGAGAGUCCCUGCGGUCGCUGGCAGAAGCGCAGGGAGGAGGUGAAUCAGCGCAAUGUUCCAGGAAUAGAUGCUGCCUACUUGGCCAUGGACACAGAGGAGGGGGUGGAGGUGGUGUGGAACGAAGUCAUGUUCUCUGAGAGGAAGAACUUCAAACUGCAGGAGGAGAAGGUGAACGCAGUGUUUGAUAACCUGAUCCAGCUGGAGCACCUCAACAUCGUCAAGUUCCAUAAAUACUGGGCCGACCUCAAGGAGAACCGCGCACGGGUGAUCUUCAUCACAGAGUACAUGUCCUCUGGAAGCCUGAAGCAGUUCCUCAAGAAAACCAAGAAAAAUCACAAGACUAUGAAUGAAAAGGCCUGGAAGAGAUGGUGCACUCAGAUCCUCUCAGCGCUCAGUUACCUCCACUCCUGCGAGCCGCCCAUCAUCCACGGGAACCUGACAUGUGACACCAUCUUCAUCCAGCACAACGGCCUCAUCAAGAUCGGCUCAGUGGCUCCAGACACCAUCAACAACCACGUGAAGACAUGCCGCGAGGAGCAGAAGAACCUGCACUUCUUCGCUCCAGAAUAUGGAGCGGUCAGCGACGUCACCACCGCCGUGGACAUCUACUCCUUCGGCAUGUGUGCCCUAGAGAUGGCGGUGUUGGAGAUCCAAGGGAACGGGGAGUCGUACGUCUCCCCGGAGGCCAUCGUUCACGCCAUCCAGUCCCUGGAGGACCCCCUUCAGAGGGAGUUCAUCCAGAAGUGUCUGGAGGCGGACCCCAGCCGGAGGCCCACGGCCCGGGAGCUGCUCUUCAACCAGGCUCUGUUCGAGGUCCCGCUGCUCAAGCUGCUGGCGGCCCACUGCAUCGUCAGCCACCAGCACAUGAUUGCUGAAAACGCCUUGGAAGAGAUCACCAAGAACAUGGAUCCUAACCUAAUCCUUGCAGAGAGUAGAGCAGGCGUCCAGCUCAAACUCUCCCAGUUCCCGGCCUUGGAGCUGGAUAAGUUCAUGGAGGAUGUGAGGAAUGGGAUCUACCCCCUGACCGCCUUCGGGGUGCCCGGCUCCCAUCAGCCCCAGCAGGAAGUGGUCAAGUCACCCAUCGCUACGCCCUCGGUCAAAUCACCCACCCCCGAGCCCACCGAAAUGGAGACACGCAAGGUUGUUCAUAUGCAGUGUAACAUUGAGCCAAUCGAAGAGGGAGCAAAACAUCAUUUGACAUUACUGUUGAAACUGGAAGACAAAUUGAAUCGACAUCUAAGCUGUGACUUGUUACCUAAUGAAAAUGUUCAAGAGCUGGCUGGAGAGUUGGUUCAUCUGGGAUUCAUCUGUGAGGUGGACCAGAGCCGUCUCGUCUCCGUCCUCACCGAAGCCUUCACCAAGUUCUACAGUCGGAACGGCUCCCUCAACCCGGUCACCGUGUCCUCCUAGGAACCCCGCCUCCCCCUGGCUCUGUCGCCGUGGCGACGCUCUCAUCCUCUGUGGCACUGCUUUUCCUUAACAACUCCAAUCAAUCAGGGCAAUGAAGCAUUCCUACUGGCCGGCCCGCGAGGCCACGAGGUGGCGACACUGUAAAACAAUGUAAACUUUCUAUCGGUAAGGGGCAGUACUACUUUUUAACGGGCGGAGGUAAAGCUCUCUGAAGCCAUAUGCAGCAGGGGGGGGGGGGGGAAGUCUCACAAGGAUUCAUGACUGUCAGACGCCGGGGGUUUGAAACAAAUGUACUUUGAGUCGCCUAACUUACAGCAACUGAUCUGCACAGCUCCCACUCC